AUGUUCAACAAUGGUAUUCAAAUUCAACAUGAUGACUUCACUGAACUGCCUUCUCUAGUUGAUAACUUUUUUGAAGGUUGGCCAUCUAAUAAACAAAAAGACGUUCAUGAUUCUCAUGAUGAUUUAUCAAGUGAGGAAACAAGCAGUUAUAGUACAGAUGAUGAUCCAGAUUUACAGUCCAAAAGAAGAAAUAGUGUACAACUAGGACAUGAAGUGAUGAAUGAAUUAGUAGAGAAUGAUAAUGUAGCAAAAGCAGUUCAUAUCCUUCAAAGGGCUAUUGAUCAUCUUCAAAUGACUCAAACAGGGGAUGGUAGGCAAGUCUCCAAGAUUUAUUCUCAAAUUAUCAAGUUACUUUGUGACAAGAAUAUAAUUAAGAUUGUCAAUGAAUUAUCAUCUUCUUCAUCUAAUGAUGAUGAUGGAGUAAAAGAAGAUAUAAAUCAAUCCAUUAUAUGGCGUUUAUUUACAAAGGUAGUUGAAGCAGGUUAUGUAUUAGAAAGAGAGGCUCAUUUGGCAGUAGUAAAGAUGCUAGUAGAUAAACAUCAGACAAGUUUAGCACUUCAAGCUAUCUAUACUUUACCAAGACAAGAGUGGGAUACUGCUUGUUAUCGAACAGCUAUUUUACUUCAUCUCAUGCAAGAACCUCAACCACAGAUACAAGAGGCCCAGGGCCUAUUAACAGAUUAUGGGAAACCUUACUUGGAAUUCGCGAACCCGAUAGCACCUCAACAGUUACCUCCUAUUCGUAGGGAGAUGCCACUCAUGGAUCAGGUAACUGAACAAGAUCACUUCAAGUUAUGGAUGUUCUAUCAAGCAGCCCUUAGUGAUGCAGAUCGAGAAUGGCAUCAUCAAAAGUUAAUCUAUGAGAAAGAAAGAAAAGAGGUAUGGACUCAAGAGGAGAGCCAUACGGAGAUGAUCAAGAAUUGGGCCAUGGAUCAACUUCUUCAUCUUGAGACAAGACGACAGCAAAUAGAUAGGAAAGGUAUUGAGAAUGACAAUACAAUGAUUUUUGUAGCUAUUCGAAACAAUCAAUUUGAGUAUGGUUGGCAAAUUUAUAAGUCAAUGAAGGAUUCAAUAAAUGAAGCUACUCCUUAUGUUAUCAUGCAUUUAUGUUGGAUGGCCUUUAGAGAGAUACCAAUCAUGCAUAUAUCACGCCGUACACAUUGGGAAGCACGCGCAUGGUCUGUCUAUUCACGAUUUAUGUGUUCUGAAUAUUUACAUCCAGAGGAAUCUAAGGAGAUGCCAGGGUUCUUACACGAUAUUCUCUCUAUCGCUGCUAAUAGUCCUGAGGGGAUCACGAGGACAGUACAGGAUAAAAGGAAAAGGGCUCGAUAUACAAAAUGUAUGACUGUUUAUCAAUUAUUAGUACGUCUUCAAUUAGAUACACUUUUAUGCCAUAAUCAAGUAUUAGAACCUAUCUUAUGUACGCUUUUAUAUGAAUGUAAAGGAUCUUCAAGUCAGAUUGUACAUAUGUGUAAUAAAGGAUUUGAAAUAUGGGAUAGAAAGUUAGAUAUUUCAAGACAUCAUCAUUAUCAACCUUGUUCAUAUUCUAUAAUUUGGAGUCUUUUAAUUUUAUGUCUGAAAUCAGGAAGUGAAGAUAAUUUUGAUAAGUUACUUCGAUACUUGAUAACUAAAAGAGAGAAAGAGUUAAGGACAGAAGAAGCUAGUUUACCUUCAUCUCUCUUAGCACCUGUACAAGCAUUUCAUGAUACUUUUAUUUGCUAUAAAGGAUGUUAUUUUUAUGAAUACAUGUUUCGUAUUGUAGAAUUUACAGAUCAAAAAAAGGAACCACUAUCUCCUGCUAUUUUUAUGGAUCAUUAUGGCUUCUUGCAUUAUGACAAUCCUACUGAAGAGAAUCAUCAUUUCUUGAGUAGUCAUCAUCCUUUACCUACAAAUAUUAAUGAAAUUCAAUCCAUUCCUUUAUCUAUGAUGGCUCUUCAUGGUGAAAAGCAAGAGACGGUCCUUAAUGAUGUAAAGAGGAUGUAUUAUUCUACAAAAAAGGCAAAAGCCCUUAUUCGUCACUGCCUUAAAAACUGA